AUGUUGGAGACACUGGAGAGGAGCAAAUUUUUCGUUCCCCAGUUUGAGAGUGUUCUGAAGCUACCGAAGGUUACCCGCUUAGACUUUAAGCAUGAUUCCACCCCUUGUUCACCGACAGGAAUCACCUUCGGGUCAAAUGAACGUUGCGGCGUUAUUCUGCCUAGACACAAGAUGAUCAGCCAAUAUCAUUUCAGUCUGACGUUCGACCGCAUGGAUCGACUCAUCAUCAUCGAUCAUUCAACGAAUGGGACAGAGGUGAAGUACGGUGAUCAAGGUACCGGUCUGUGUAAGCAGAGACAAUGGAUUCUUAAUGAUCCAAAGUUGCCCGGAAAACUCCGCGAUAUCGAAAUCAACAUCGCCGGCGUGUUAUCGUUCAAAGUCGACUGCUUGAUGAUGCCGAGUGAGCCGUCGUACACGGAUGUUGUUGUUGGAUUUCGUCGUCUCUGUCAAGCGAAGGACAACAUUGACAAUGAACUUGAGGGAUUAUGCAUGGAUCAAACUAGUGCCAUGUUGAAACCGAAGGUCGAAGACGUCUGGCUCCAUUGGCCAGUGGGAAAGGGGACUUCGGCUAGCAUCACAUGGUGCUGGAACACCGCAGACGGAUCUGACAAGGCCGUGAAGAAGCCUCUCGCGGGAAAGUACAACGAAGUAAGAUGGCUUCAAGAAGCUAGGUUUCUGGAAAGCCUCAAAAAGAACCACCACGUGGUCAACUUCCUAGACAGCACGGACGAUCCCUCGAUUGAGAUAGAGUACCUGGGUGGGGGAUCUUUGAACGAGCCCAAGUAUCCUUCUCCGGGUUCGCAGGAUCCUUACCAGUUUUCCCAAGAGGAAGCAAGAUCUAUUCUCGCCCAAUGCCUUUCCGCGUUAAAAGAGAUGCAUGCACAGUCCCCAGCGAUUUGUCAUCGAGAUAUUAAACCAGCUAAUAUCUUGAUAAACCAACGAACUUUGUCCGGCAUCUGCGUCAAGCUUGCAGAUUUUGGCGAGGCAAAGACAGAGUGUGAUGAAGACACAUGGGGAAUAAAUCCUGUCUACGUCGCCCCGGAGUUCUGGGACCGAAAGAAUUGUCAUCCAACCAUGGACAUUUGGUCACUUGGCCUUACUGUACUUGCCUUGAUUGAUGAGGAUCUGCAGAAAUUGUACAACACCGGGGACUGUGCAUUCUGGACUCGGAUGGACCAGUCAAAAGAUCGUCUGGUUCAGUUUCUACGGCUCACUAUGUUACGGGAGCCACCCGAUGAGAGAGCAUCGGCAGAAGAAUGCUUGGAGCGCCUCCGGGCAGAGGGCGAUAUCAAGGCAUGCGGGUGCAAGUGCAGACCCUGCGACCAGAACGUCUUUGAAUCCGAGAAUGAAGAUGCCGAAAGACCGACCACGCCUAAUGUCCAGGAGGAUUUUUCAGACUGCACAACACCUAGACCGAGCAAGUUGGCUGAUGGCCAGUCGGAAGACUCUUCUACCACACCAACGCCAACGAGAACGCCAACACCAGCGCCGACUCCAGCGCAUUCGCAGGCCACACAUGUUUCACCACCUGAAGGUAGUGCAACGGACAUGUUGCCUACAACGCCGAAUGUAGGUGGCUCGCCGACCACUUCGCUCUGGGGGAGCUCUCCUGUGAACGCAGGAGAGCAAGUUGCUGCCCCCGCCUCACCGGCGGACAGCCCAACUAGUGAAGAGGCUGUUGCACUCACCGACGAGGCUCACCGCCCCGUCAAGGGAAAAAGAAGAACCGAGUCAGAUGACGAGGUGUUGGGGUGUAAAAGACCUAAAGUCUAG